UCGUAGCUAUCUUAAAGAGCCUGUGCUGCGACACCGCCAAGGCGAAUUUUGAAGCAUUUCGAUUAUAACGCGAACCCCCAAAUUAGGUGAGGGAAAUUUUGAAAAAAAAAACUUGCGUUACAUUCGAGUGAAUACGGUAUUUGUCUAGGACUCUGUUAGCAAGAUUUUACAUUACGCUACUGCUAUACUGUGCACGUGAAGCUCCCUAAACUGAUAUAGAAAAUAUAGCACUCAUGACUAAUUUUGUGUUUUGUUCGUAUUGCAGAGAGCUCGGUUUGUUCUAAUGGGUGGAACAAGUGUGAAGGAUGCGGUUCGCUGCAUCAUGGAGCGAACCCUGAAAAAAGAAGUUCAGGCGCAUUUUACUUUCGUGGGGCGGCAGGGGAAGCAGCCAUUUAAAGGAACGAAGCUGUUUUCCGUCAUCAAGGCUGCUGUCCAAAAAAAAACGAAGGCGGCUGACACGGAGGUAGAGGCGGCCAUCCGGGUCUACCUCUACGGUGUGAAGGACCGGGAGGGCGGGCGGCGUUCCCGCUUUUUGGACGCUGUAGAUGCUGCAGCUUUGAGGAGGAUUGCAGCAUUGAGCGAGGCUCCAGCUUCGAACAACGCUGUAGCCUCGGGCGAAGCUGCAGCCUCGUUCGAUGUUGUGGACCUCUUCGAGGUUGCCGCAUCCGGUGGCUGGAGCGACGAAGAUUUCCAAGAAUAAAACCCGUGACCGCAGUCUUUUGUUUUUGCCCUUUUU